CAACAACUCCUUUACCGCGACGAAUCCAUUGAUUCUACUAUCAAUUUGUUGAGUUAUCAUCCGGCAAUGCCACCACCACAAACUGAAAAUACAAUGCUCCUCUUUAAUAAUACUAAUUCGACUACUACUAAUAACAACUCGAUGAAUGAUAUCAUGCAAGUACAACAACAAAAUUCUUUUGGUUCUUCAUCUUUUACGAAUAUGCAGCCAAUAGAAAGUCAGGAGAAACCCAUUGUUCGUCAGCAACAGCAGCAGCAGAUUUCGGCUCCAGAAUCGACCAAAGAUGUCGAUACGGUUGUUGUCGACAUUGUGGAAGUUCGAGAGAAGGAAAAGAAUGUGAAGGCUUCUAAAGAGUCAUCGACGACGACAACAAAUGCAAAUCAAAAUUCAGGACAACAACCAGUUAUUCAACAACAGAUUAUCAAUACUCAUCCUGAUAUUGUAUUGUUUAAUUCUCCAAAGAUGGUUCUUGAAAAAAUGAAAGUUGAUGGUAUCAAAAAGUCUAAAUUAACAAUUGACCAAUUGAUUAUUCUUUCGUUAUUUGCUGGGAUUUUCAAAGGACUUGCUUGUGCGAUGGCUACCUUAAUAGGAGGAAAUGUAGCUAAACUGGAGGAGGAGAAUCCUGGAUUGCAAAAGCUAUUAGCAGCAGCUGUUUUUCCAGUUGGCUUGAUGCUGAUUGUUUUUACUGGAUCUGAAUUAUUUACAGGAAAUGUACUUGUUCUCUUGAUUGGAUUAUUUGCAAGGAAAUGGAGAGCCAAAAAGUUUUUACUUCAGUAUGCACAAUUUUCAAAGAAUCUCUUUGUGAGCUACAUUUUCAAUUGCUUGGGGGCUUAUAUGUUUGCAUACUUUUUCAUUUAUCUUCCUCAACCAUGUUGUUCUGCUCACUGGAUAACGUUUAUCCAAAAUUCAGCCGUCUCAAAAACAACAAAAACCUUUGGAAGUCUUGUUCUCUUGGGAAUUAUUUGUAACAUGUUGGUUACUAUAGCAAUUUACAAUGCCAAUGCAGCAACUACCCUAGGAGGCAAAGUCAUUGGAAUUUGGUUUCCUAUUAUGUCAUUUGUGGCACUUGGAUUCGAACACUCUAUUGCCAAUGCAUUCUAUAUUCCACUUGGUAUGCAUUAUGGAGCUAAUGUCACAGUGUAUGACUUCCUCAUUGGCAACUUACUUCCUGUAACGAUUGGAAAUAUUAUUGGAGGAGCCAUCUUUAAUGCAUGUUUGUUAUACUAUGUUCAUGAUUAUAGAGUUAGACAUCAAAGAGCAAUCUUUAAUGGUCUCGAAAAAUUGUGGAAAAGGAUCAAAGAUAACAAAUCCAACAACAACAAGAACACCGACUCAAAUAUUGAACUGAAAGAAAAUACUUCAAAACAUGUUUAGAAUAAACCGCCUCUGGUUC